UGAUGAAUACUUCCAUCAAUAAGAAAUUAAUGUGAAUAAAAUAAUGAGAAAGGGAUUGUAUGUUGAUGCUUCAGUUAUUGCUAAAAAGAUUUGAUCAAAGGAGAUGAUAUAAGGGAAGAAAAUUUAUCGUUGACUUGGGCAACAUUGUAUUGAAUAAUAUGGAUGUACUUGUCUAUCAUGCUGUCCUCAAAAUAUGAGGAAAGAAGAAGGAAGAUUGCUUUCUUCCUCAUAGUACAUCUUAUUAGCUUUGAGUUUAUGAUGGAUGACAAGUGCUCUAAGAUACUUGCACUGAUAUUGGUGGUGACUCUCAUCUCCUUGAUUACUGUAUCUGCUCUGUAUCUUGGACCUACCUGGCAAUUCUUUUGUGUAUUUGGUGUUUGUCUUACAGUUAAUUUUGCUAUCUUCAUAUGGCUUAUCAGACGCCGGUCCAAGGGAACUGUUCUUAUUUUGCCUCAGAAACAUGUGAUGACCCGGGAACUUUCCGUCCCCUGUAGCUUCCUCAGAAAAGUGGCAGGUGUUCCUACGAAGUUCCGUCAAAAAGAGCUUGAGCUGGCUACAGAUAACUUCAACGCACUGAUUGGCCGAGGGGCAUCUGGGAGUGUUUUUAAGGGAAUCCUAGGAGAUGGUACUUGUGUUGCUGUGAAGCGGAUAGAAAGUCAGGAACGUGGGGAGAAGGAAUUUCUUUCAGAAGUUGCAGCGAUUGGAAGUGUACAGCACAUUAACUUGGUAAGAUUGUAUGGUUAUUGCAUUGUUCCUGGGGGACCGCGGUUUCUUGUUUAUGAGUUUGUUCAAAAUGGAUCCUUGGAUGGUUGGAUAUUCCCUAGAAGGGACAAAAGAAAUCGACCAGCAGGUUGUCUUCCUUGGCAUUUGAGGUAUGGUGUUGCCAUUGAUGUGGCUAAGGCUCUCUCUUACUUGCACCAUGAUUGCCGGUCAAGAAUCUUGCACCUUGAUGUAAAGCCCGAGAAUAUACUGCUCGAUGACAAUUAUCGAGCAGUCGUGUCAGAUUUUGGGCUGGCAAAAUUGAUGGGAAGAGGUGAGAGCAGUAUCUUUACUAAUAUCCGGGGGACUAAGGGGUACUUGGCACCCGAGUGGCUUUUAGAAAAUGGCAUUUCUGCAAAAUCCGAUGUUUAUAGUUAUGGAAUGGUGCUUCUUGAGAUGAUUGGAGGGAGGAGAAGCGUGCGUGUUCUUGAUGAUAGCAAAGAUAGGUCCGUUAGGAAGUACGAGUAUUUUCCAAAAACCGUAGUGGAAAAAUCAAAACAAGGGAAAUUUAUGUCAUUAGUUGAUCAAAGACUAUUGGAAGGAAGGCAUAUUGAUGAGAGACAGGUAAGGACAUUGGUGUAUACCGCGUUAUGGUGCAUUCAAGAGAAGGUCAGGCGUAGGCCUACCAUGGCUCAGGUGGUUGAUAUGCUUGAAGGAAAUAUGCGAGUGGACGAGCCCCCAGAAACUGAAAUGAUUAUUGUUGAUCUGUUAUCCAUUGACAAAGAUAAAGUUGGUCCUGGCAUGUGCAGGCUAAAGGCUACUGGAGUAGUACUAUCAGAUUGCAAUACAGCUGCUAGCACAUCAACAUUUGAGCCUGGUACACUUGUGUCAGGCCGAUAAUUCAUGUGCCUGGUGCAGAACACCUAUGCAGCUUAAAAAGGUAAUGUUGCUGAGAUGAUAAUGUGUUUGUCACGAUGGCGUUACUAUGCUCGAGCUAGCCCGAAGAAAUCCGGGGUGAAUCUCAAAUUUUCGACCCCGUGGAGCCUUUUUUCUUUAUACUUGUUUCUUUGAUACAUCAAUCACAAUACUGCUUACCUGUGUUGGUUGAUACUAGUUCAAUGUUUUGUGUUUUGCUCUGUAAAAUUAGAUUUUUACUUUUUUUUUAGUAGUGGUGUAAGUCGUGUAAUACUGGAUGAAAAGUUUGAAGUAACCUGAUGUAAUGAUUAAUUAGA